AUGUCCACGGCCACAGAGCCGCACCGCGGCCUCAAGCGCGCAGCCGCCGAGUCCCUGGAAUCCGAGCAGCGCCUGUCCAAGCGCUUCAACCUUCUCAACAUCGACAGCUCCGGCAAGCUCUACAUCCCCGUCUCCGCAUCGUCGUCCCACGCCGACUCCGAACCGCCUCUCGAUCCAAGCGCCUCCCGCGCCACCGCUACCAGAUCCCGGGAUGACGAUUGGAUGCAGCUCGAAGACACCAAGGACAAGGUCUACAUCUACGAUCUCGACCAAGAGUUGGCCGAGCUUGAAUCCGACGAGGAGAACCCCAUAUUCCUCGCCGACAUUGAGAAGCAUCUCACCAAGAUACCCAAGCACGUCUUGGUGAGCAAUGGUAGAGAGCUCGAGCGCACCGCCGAAAACCAGCUUGUGCUCUACAGCGUCCCUGCCUCGUUGUCUGUUCCUGAAGACAAGGACAGCGUGAGGAAGGCCAUCAUUGAAGCGCGACUCAGAGUGGAGCAGAAAUCCGCAUCGCUGCGUGCAUCGAACGAUCAUACAAAGCAUAUCUUGCAGCAUGCUGGCAGGCAUGGCUCUGCAGCUGAGGACGCCGAUGCCGACGCCGACGCCGACGCCGAUGCCAUGUCCACGGAUGCAAACGGCUCGGUUGACGACAUGGAAGUCGAGCCGAUGGAGAUCGAAUGA